AUGCAGCUCUCAUUCCUCCUUCAAGCCACUCUUGCGUUGGUCAUCUCUAGCGCCUGGGCCCAGAACGCCCCGGUAACCGCCGAUAACACUCCUACCUGCCUUCGUAUUUGUCGCGAUGACCCUGUUGAGUGCCAGGCCGGCUGGGUCUCUGCUCAGAUUGCUGCAGAAGGCGAGGAGGCUUGCUGGACUUGCUGCAGCGAGUAA